AUGAGCGGAUCCGGGCUGCGCGUGCAGAUCGCCUCCUACAACGCCAACCUGCAAGGCGCAGAGACCACGCGACACGACCUCACUCCCUGGCUGAUCCCCGCAGCGGAGCAGAGGCCCGUGCAGCCCGUCUCGUCAAAACCCGUCACCAACGCCAACGUGCUCGAGGCAGCUGCGUACAAGUCGAGCAAUGCCAAGACGCCGUCUACGCAUCCAUCGCUGCCGCGCGAGGCACCCGACUUCUACGCCGUAGGCUUCCAAGAGCUCAUCCCGCUCCACACCGGCUUUGCAGCGUCAGGCCACGCAUCGUACGCUAGCCUCGAGGAGGGCGGAGGACCGGAGGGCUACCCGCUGCUCUGCAGGGUCGACCUGGUGGGCAUCGCGCUCUUCGUCUACGCCCGAGAGCGAGCGGCGUUCUCGGUGUCCAAGGCAGCCGCCACGAGCGCGCGCGGUGCAGCGCAUCGCGUCAAGGAGAUCCGCGCCGCCAAAGUCGGCACCGGUCUGGCGGGUGUCAUGGGCAACAAGGGUGGCGUCGGCGUGCGCAUCGUUGUAGCCGCUGCCGACGGCAAGGGCCCAGACGAGGUGCUCACCUUUGUGAGCGCGCAUCUGGCUGCGCACGAUCACAACGUCCUGCGCCGCAACAAGGACUGGCAGCAGAUCGUCCAGCGCAUGGUGUUCGAGCCGACGUCGGUACAGAAGCUUCCCAUCCUGCAGGAGCAAAGCUCCAAGCCGCUCAAUCCCAACGACAUGGACGCACUCAAGCAGCAGCACGAGAAAGAGACGCAGUCCGACAAGCGCGCAAAGAAGACCGCUCCGCUGGACGACAAGAGCUACACGGUGUACGACACGACGCAUCUGUUUGUGUUUGGCGAUCUCAACCACCGCAUUGCGCUGGGCAAGAGCGAGCUGGAGCGCGCGCGCAAAGGCGACGAAAAGGCCGGCGCCACCUCGGAGCUGACGAAAGAGUCGCUCUUCAAGGCGCUCGAAGCGGGCGACUGGUCUACACUGUCGGAGUACGACCAGCUGAGCUACCAGCGUCUGUCGCAGCCACCCAAGGCGUUCCACGGUCUCACCGAGCUGCCCAUGGCACAAGCUGGCGUUCCACCGACUUACAAGUACGUCGUUUCGCGGCCGGGCAAGCAGACCAAGAAGAAGAACGCCGGCAUCACGUCGGAUGCGCUGGAGGGCCAUACGCUCAACAAGAAGCGCGUGCCCGGCUGGACCGAUCGCAUCCUGUGGGCAUCUGCGACCGCGCGAGACCAGAAUGCGCAGCACGGCGUAGAGGUCGAGUUCUACCGCAGCAUCAUGCAGUACACCCACUCGGACCACAAACCCAUCACCACCCUGCUCCGUCUGCCACCGCCCGGCUCAUCGCCACAACUGCUCUCGUCGUUCAACCCAUACGAGACGCUUCCAUCGACUCAGCGAUUGCUGCUCUCCACCAGCGGUGUGGUGCUCGACAGACUCGUGGGCUACAUCUGGAGCCUUCUCCUCCUCACCGGCGGCGGCAGCUUGGCUGGUGGUCUGCUCGAGGUGUUUAUCAUCGGUGCGAUUACAGCGUGGUGGUUCUACCAGCCCAGGGCAUGA